UUCAAGAACCCCGAGACUCUCUCUCUCUCUCUCUCUCCCUCUCUCUCUCUAAUUGCAGCAUUCGUCGAGAAAGAGCGAGUUAUUCUCACACAACAUGGGAAAGUCUCCGUGUUGCGACAAGAACGGAUUGAAGAAGGGCCCGUGGACGGCGGAGGAAGAUAAGAAACUGGUCGAGUACAUUCAGAAACACGGCCACGGAAAAUGGCGGACCCUUCCGAGAAAUGCAGGGCUCAAGAGAUGUGGAAAGAGUUGCCGCCUGCGGUGGACGAACUACCUGCGGCCCGAUAUCAAGCGUGGGAGGUUCACGUUCGAGGAGGAAGAGGCCAUCAUACAGUUGCAUGGUGUUUUGGGCAACAAGUGGUCGGCUAUCGCGGCUCAAUUGCCCGGGAGGACCGACAACGAGAUCAAGAACUACUGGAACACCCACAUCAAGAAACGGCUGCUUAAGAUGGGAAUCGACCCUGUGACUCACGCCCCGCGCCUCGAUCUUCUCGAUCUAUCCUCCUUCCUCACCUCAUCUCUCCACGCUCAUUACUGUUCCCAAUUCAUGAACGCACCGAACGCUCUCAACAUGAAUGGCUAUGCCGUGAGUCCGGACCUCCUAGACUUGGCGACCACUCUCUGCUCUUCAAGUUUCAAAAGCCCAGAAGCGCCGCAAAACGUCCUAGAAAUCACCCCACAAGUUCUAGAGCAGUUCCAAUAUUCAUUGCUAGCAAACCAGCUCCAUAACCCACUAAACAAUGCUCAUUUCCCAAAUGAAAACCGGCCCAUGCACUCGAAUAAUGCUAGGGAAAUACCCCCAUCAAACCCUAGUAAUUUCGUUAGUUGCCACCAGAACUCUAUUCCAAGCUAUUGGCAAGCUGAUGGCGAUAUUCAACCUCAGCACAUUAACAUUGAUGAAACUUCAGUUUCUCUGCCAAACCAUGGAUUCGACGUUUCCUGUCGUUUCAACAUUGACCAUUUCUCGUCAGGACACCUUGUUUUUCAAUCAAACGACGCCAACAAAGUCCAAAAUUUCGGUCUCGGCUCGUCAUCUCUUUCGUCGCCUAUGUCUAGCUCCCUCACUUUGAAUUCAUCAUCCACGACAUCGGCGGCGUACCUCAGUGGCUGCAACAAAGAAGAUAGAGACGGUCACGGUUGUCACAUUAUGCCGUCUCUGUAUGAUGCUGCUCCGAACAGCUUCUAUGUCAACGGAAUUAUGUAAGCACGCAAAUUCGCCUUGUGGCACCCAUAGAUGUCAAGUCUCUGAAUUAAUCAAACCCUUGACAGUAACUUCUCAGUUUUCAUACAAUCUUUACUUUUGCUUACUGGGACCUGUCUUUCACGCAAUGUUUUCUAUAUUAUUGAACUUUUAGUAUGGUGAC